AUGACUAUGGCGACCGGGGCCGGCUGUCCCCCGACUUCUACGGAGAGUCCGAGACCGACCCCGGCGCCGAGGAGCCCCCGGCGCGCAUCUUCGUGGCCCUGUUCGACUACGACCCGCUGAGCAUGUCCCCGAACCCCGACGCCGCCGAGGAGGAGCUGCCCUUCAAGGAGGGACAGAUCAUCAAGGUCUACGGCGACAAGGACGCGGACGGCUUCUACCGCGGGGAGACGUGCGCCCGGUCCGGCCUCAUCCCCUGCAACAUGGUGUCCGAGAUCCAGGCCGAGGACGAGGAGAUGAUGGAGCAGCUCCUGCGACAGGGCUUCCUGCCGCUCAGCACGCCCGUGGAGAGGACGGAGAGGAGCAGGCGAGGUGGCCGGCAGCAGGCGGUGUCCACGCGCAGGAUGGUGGCCUUGUAUGACUACGACCCCAGAGAGAGCUCGCCCAACAUCGACGUCGAGGCCGAGCUCACCUUCUGCACCGGGGACAUCAUCUGCGUCCUUGGGGACAUCGACGAGGACGGCUUCUACUACGGGGAGCUCAAUGGGCAGAAGGGCCUGGUGCCGUCCAACUUCCUGGAAGAAGUGCCUGACGACGUAGAGGUCUACCUCUCGGACGCCCCGGCCCACCGCCCCCAGGACGCGCCCGCGCGCUCCAAGGCCAAACGG